AAAAAAAAAAAAAAAUUAAAAAAAAAUUCUUUAUAUCAUUACAACCAGUCCCCUCUGCCGUUCUUGAGUUUCUCCUCUUUGAGACCUUGCUUGACCCACACCAUGGCUUUGGAGGUCUGUGCCAAGGCUGCUUCUGGUGCUCCUGAUAUUCUUGGAGACUGUCCUUUUACCCAAAGGGUGCUUCUGACUUUGGAGGAGAAGAAAAUCCCAUACAAGAUACAUCUGAUCAAUAUCAGUGACAAACCCCAAUGGUUUUUGGAAGCGAACCCAGAAGGGAAGGUGCCUGUGAUAAAAUUUGAUGAAGAAUGGAUUUCUGACUCUGAUGUUAUUGUUAGCCAUAUUGAAGAAAAAUUCCCAGACCCUCCUCUCUGCCAUUCUCCCGAGGUCUCCUCUGUUGGGUCCAAGAUAUUCCCUUCUUUUGUCAAGUUCCUGAAGAGCAAGGACCCCAAUGAUGGGUCGGAGCAGGCUUUGCUUGAUGAGUUGAAGGCACUGGAUGAACAUCUUCAGGCACAUGGACCGUAUAUUAAUGGGGAAAGCGUUUGCGCUGUUGAUUUGGGUCUGGCACCAAAGCUGUACCAUCUUGAUGUGGCUCUUGGCCAUUUCAAGGGCUGGAAAAUCCCAGAAAGCUUGACUCAUGUCCAUAAUUACAUGAAGUUGCUCUUCUCUAAGGAGUGUUUUGAGAAGACCAAGGCUGCAAAAGAACAUGUGGUUGCAGGAUGGGCGCCAAAGGUCAAUCCAUGAAGCUAUUCUAAUUUGUAGUAGUCAAUAUGUACAUUUCGCUUAAUAUAACGAGUGUGGGUCAGAUACAUAUGUAUGAGACACAUUUUAAACCAGGUCCUAUGUUCCAUCUUAACUUGGUUAAGUUUCAGGCAUUGUUGAAGGGCAGUUAGGGCCAUCUUUGCUCUCUGCCUUCAAAAUAUUAUUAUUUUGUAAUUCUGUGUUUGCUUAAUGGCAUUUAUAAUAUGUUGAUGGAUGUGUUACACA